GAGGAAAGGAAGGUAAAAAUUGUGACUUGAUUGUGUGGAAUGCUGAGACGGGUAAACCACGUUGAGAAGACGUUGAAUUAGUAUGUCAGUCGUUGUGAGUCAGAAGCAAUAGUUUUCAUAUUUCAUUUCAUUUUUUUUUAAUGCCUGUGGUUCCUUAUUACUAUUACUGAAGUCUUUACCUGACUGGAUAAGUUUAUUUGUUUUUUAAGAAAAGAAAAAUCACACAAUGGGCAAGAAAAAUUUUAAGUUCCUUCUUUUCAUAGUGAAUAUACUGUUUUUUAUUGCAGGUUUGGUGACAUUUGCAAUUGGAGUAUGGACUACUACAGACAGAAUCUUCAUGUCAGACAUCAUUGGUUCUAAUCUCUAUUCAUCAGCAUCAUAUAUGAUGAUCAUAUCUGGUCUUGUCAUCACUUUGGUAUCCAUUUUAGGAUGUGUCACCUCCUGGAGAGAAAUGCGAUUUGGUGUCCUUUCAUAUUUUAUAAUAUUACUGUUUAUUUUCGUAUUCCUGGUAAUUGCUUCUAUUUUGGCUGUCGUGUUCCGUGGAGAGUUAGAAGAUGUUAUGUCGAAAUCCAUGGGAGACACUCUGAUAAAGCAAUAUGGUAAUGAUAUUGAACGAAAUGCAGACAACAAGGCUGUCACUAAAUCAUGGGAUCUUACACAAGAAAGGUUGGAAUGUUGCGGAGUAGAUUCAAAAGGUUGGGAGAUAUACAGAGACUCUCACUGGUACCGUAACCAACCCAACACUGCCAUCAAGUUUGUACCCGUUUCCUGUUGCAAAAAUGUUCAUGUUAAUAAAGCAACUAGGACGAGGCACUGCCAAGAAACCAUUAUGGGUCCACCUGCUGUUCGAGAAGGUGCCAAAAAUGACUAUUUAUUUUAUCAGGGUUGCUAUGAUGCUGCCUACACAUUUGUGAUGGAUCAAGCUGGUAUUCUUUUAGCUAUUGGCUUUUCUUUCUCCAUUGUUUUGAUAUGUGGUCUUGUACUUUCACUUUGUCUCUUUAAAUACAUUAAACGGACCCCAACAGAGAACAGGGCGACUAGUGCACCACUUUAAAUAAAGAUUGAUUGUCCAGCUUAAUGUGUGAAUAUGUGUGUGUGUGUGUGUGUGUGUAUAUAUAUAUAUAUAUGUAUAUACACACACAUUUCUUAAAAAUAAAUAGACACCAUAUUUGAAAGAUUUAUUUCUAGAAACAAAAUAGUGUCAUUUGAUGCGUUUAAUUACUUAAUCUAGUAUUUAGUAGUCAUGCUUUGUGCAGUUUUUAAUAAUAUAAUCAUUUUUGGGCAUCAUACAAACAAUUAGUGUCCAUCAAGAUGAAACAGUAGAAUGAGGGUGUGUCUAUUUACUUUUGAGAUGUGUGUGUUUACAUGUUUAUAAAUUCACACAUGCAUGCAUAUGUAUAUCCAUGUAUAUAUGUUCAAUACACACAAACAACAUAAUUGCAUGUACAAAUGUAUGUAAGUGUGUCUAUGAUAUAUAUAUAUAUAUAUAUAUGUUUGGGUUUACAAAUGGAAUAGCAUGUACUCGGUGCAUGAAGAGACUAUUUAUUUGUUCCAAGUUGAUGAUUCACUUCAUUGUCAGUUUGAGUUUCUCACUUUUGUGCUUUUGUUUGUUCAUAUAUAUAUAUAUAUAUAUAUAUAUAUAUAUAUGUGUGUGUGUGUGUACACAUGCAUGCAUACCUUUGUCCGCUUAGUGCUACAAAGGCGCCUAAAACAAUUAGCAAAAGCAUGGUUCAAGCUUCCAGCUCAUACUUAUUUGUGUGUGACAGCUAAUCUUUAUAUAUAUAUAUAUAUACAUAUACAUAUAUAUCGAUUUAUAAAGUAAGUUUGUUAUUUUGUACAUAAAAACUGAAUUUUUCUCUUGCCUGUUAGUGACUUAGUAACUAAUUAAAGAUUUGCUUAAUUAUGAUUCAUUAUCAUCUGAUGAAAUCCAGCAAUCUAAAAGUGUUGCUAUUUCUCUCAUCUUUUAGUGAGUGCAUUGUUUUGAAAGAAAUCCAUCACAUGACCAUCUGGUUGACUUCAUACACAGUCAUCACCUCUCCCCCGCUCUACUUGUAGGACUUUCAACACAAAGGAUCUUAUCCCUACUGUAUUGAUUAUUAUUGAUAUUACUAGGGUGUAGUAGAUGGGUGGAAUUAUUAGAGCUUUGGGAAAUUGCCUUUUGGUAUUUCUUCUAGUUCUUUAUAGUUAAAGUCUUGCCAAGGUCAAUUUUGCCUCUCAUCCUUUCAAAUUGAUAAAGUAUAGUAUCAGUCAAGUAAUGGGGUUGAUAUUAUCAACUAUAUCUCAUCCCUCUAAAAUUCUGACCUUGUGCUUAUAUUAAAAACAAUUGUUAUUAUUCUGAGAGCCUAUUUGUAAUUUUUUUUGAUUUUCUGUAAUUCAUUUGCUUCUAAAUUUUAAAAAUAAAGAAAAGGAAAAAAAUAUAAAAAAAUAAACUUCUUGCAACAAGAGAACAUGUGGAAAUUUCCUAACAAGUGGAAAUUAAAUACAUCUGACAAAGUUGCUCUCUCAGUUGCUUUCAUAGAAGUGGUUGUGAUGCUUAGUCCUUGAUCAAAGCAAAUUGUAACCAUCUCAUGUUUGAGGGGUACAGUUUACAUUAUCUGAUGUGCCUUUACUUUUUCUGAAGAGGGUGCUAUUUAUGGGAUGUUUUGCUGCUAUCUUUGAUAGGUGUAAUGUCCACUUAGUGGCAUCCUUAUUGGCUUGUAAUAGUAUUGAAAGACUUUAGAUGUGGAUAUUACCACUUCUGUGAGAUUUUAUCUUGUUCUGUAAAAUUACUUUCAGAGUACAAAUGACUUCAUUGGAAAUGGAUUUUUGCAUGGAAGUUGCCUUCUCUUUAGAAAUGGAUUUUACUAAUUCUUGUUGCUUCCUCUACAGCAAUUUUCUUAUGAAUGUUGUCUUCUCAUUAGACAGUUCCUCUCCAACAGUAAUUGCUGUGAUAAAAUUUCUUAUGACAAAAUUUAUCAGGACUUAGACUGUCAUUUAGUUUAGUGUAUUGUUGUUUGCCUCAAGUCAACUUUAUCUAAAAAGACCUAUGGUCAAAACUGUUCCAGCUGUAAUCCUUUUCUAGGACAGUAGUGUGUGAGUUUAGGGAGAUUUGACUGCUGUUUCUAGCAAAUCAGUUACUUGUGUUAAGGGUGUCUUAUUGUCAGACUAACUGUGGAAACAUUAACAAUUUGCACUUCAUCACUCUUAUACAGUAAGCCAACAAAGGCACCUGUGUAUGGUUGCUUGAACUGUUAAAAAUUGCAGCCAAAUCCCCUUCAAAUCUUCCCCUACCAUUUUGAAUAUAAGAAGGACACAUUCAAUAACAUACUUGAAGUACAUUGUAUGAAAAGAAGAAAGAUGGGAUGAUUAUGAUUGGAAACUUUUCGAUAAUGUGUCUGCUAAAUCAGAGUUGACUUGGGCUAAACAACAACAAAUCUGUUUAUUUGUAAUGAAUGAGCAUUUAUUUUUAUGUUGUAAUGUGGAAUUCAAGUUUUCCUAUAAACAUGGGUCAUUAUAGAGAUAUUCACAUUAUAGCCAUGUCACAAUCAAUCCAAUUAUGACCAUCCAAAGCAAAACCUUAAUGUGAGUGAAUUUUACAAAGAAUUUUUCACAGCAACCACUGCAAAACAGUAAACUCCUGGAAAGUGGGUAGGCAUGGGUCCAUGUGCUUAAGGAGUUUGUAAGUGAAAAUAUUUGAAACCAUUACGUGACACACAGCACAAGUAUCUUGUAAUAUAGCCUUCAGUUGGCAAUACAUUAAUUGGAAUUUCAUAGACAGCAACUCUGGAAUCUCAUUUGUGCAUGUGAGUGCACAUAAAUGUUGUGUGUAAGUACAUGUGUGCAUGUAUAUAUGUUUGUAUGAGUAUGUGUGUGCAUGUAUAUUUUGACAUAUAUUGGAAUGCUCUGUUAAACACCAGUCUGAACACAAACAAACCAAUGCUCUAUGCUGACACUUGUUGCUAUCUUCAUUAGAAAUAUGGUGAACUAGUGAUAUUAGUUUAUUGGAAAAUUGUAACUAACAGCACCAUUAUUCAUAAAUCAUGUAUAUAAAAAUAAGUGAAACCCACACCAAGGUUUUACUUCCACUUACUGCAACAUCAUUUUUAUAAAUACCUUCAGUGAAAAGUAUGAAUGUAUCAUCAUUUUUCCUUACUACUCCCAACUCAAUAGGACUAAUUGGACAUCUCAUAAUAUGAAAUACCAAAGCAUUUGAUUUUACACAUUACGCAUUUCGCUGAUCAUGUAUUCUGCUGACAAUUAUUGGGUUCCUGAUAAAUUUAAUUCUUGUCAGCCUUUUGUUUAUGUUCUACUGAUUUUCUAUCCAUGUCUUACCCAUGUAAAAUAAACUUUUCGCUCAAAGUGGAAUCUAAGCAAAGAAAUCAAUAAAUAUGCUAUCAUAUAUCAUUA